AUGUGGACCGAUGGCUCAUGGAUCCGGCCACGGGCGAGUUUCCAGACAGGUGCGUGGUUCAGCUUGAAGACGAUCGUCUGGUGGUGUGCCCACUCUGAGGGUUCAGGCUCACUGUCGCCGUUCUCUCGUUGCAGGUGGGUGCUGCUCAACCACCAUCACUGGGCGGUGAGCUUUGUGCGGCCCGAUAAGCUGCUGUGUACCGCCGACGAGGAGGAAGAGAUGGAAUCGCUGCAGCUCAUGCCAUCGGUUCAAGUGUUCUCGCAAAAGGGGCCAGGCAGACGGAGAGUCAAGAACUCAGGAGUGUUCGAGCAAAAGAAGCGGAAGGCCAAGGGCAAGCUCAUAGACGAAGUCAGUGAAGAGGACGAUGAGCACAUUCCGCUCUACCUGGACCCGCCCGACGACGGCACCUGUUGCAUAGAUGAACUCCCUGCCGAGACCCUGCUGCACAUCUUCUCCUUCAUUCCCACUGGUGCAAUGGGGCGGGCCAUUGUCUACGCUAUCGGCAAGCCCUUUACGGCGUGGGAGCCAGAUACGGAAGAGCCUGCGCAAGUGCGGAACGACGUCUUCGGUCGCCCACUGUGCCAGAUAUGGAGCGCGGAAAAGAGGGCCAACAUCGUUAGCGUCAAGAGCCUUGGCCGCGAGAAGGAGGCCGACCAAGGAUACAUCAAGAUACCGUUCAUGUGGUAUUACAGGUCCAACUACACGGUCAAUGGUGUCCACGAGAUCACGUUCACGAAAUACUCGGAGCCCUGGUGGUUUGCCCGGUACCAGACUAAGUCGACGUUCGAGAACAAGUCUGAGCCGUUCCACAACCCCGAUCUGUGGCGCUGGCGGCUGGUGCGCUCCGAUGAAAACGAGGUGACCGGCUUUGUGCAGUUCAACAUCGGCCACUUCGAGCAGUUGGUCAAGGAGGGCAGGUGGCAAACCGAGCUACACAAGGAGGAGCUGGAGCUGCUCAUCACGCUGCUCACGCAGUCGUACAACAUCGAUUGCGCACUCUACGAGCAACAGACCAUACCUCGGUGGAUGCAGAACAAAAAGCAGGAGGAGAAGCGAAAGCGGAGGCAGUCGGCGUCGCAGGACGGAUCGCAGGAGCUCAUUAGCGGGGACGCGGCCGCUGUGGAGCCCUUCCGCGUGGAGCAGCCACAUGGAGUCGACAUUGAGCUGUACUCCUACCAGAGGGAAACGCUCACGUGGAUGAAGGAAGUCGAGGAGAUGGUGAGCAGAGGUCUGGGCUGGGAGGUGGUCCGCCUGCUGUCCUGGGAAGAGCAGACCGGAAGUCGGGUGCUGUUUGACGAGGACGCCACGAUUCAUACCUACUCCACGCUCGACAAGGCCAAGCACCUGCGCACCCUGGUCACGCGAGGUGGCAUGCUGGCCGACGAAAUGGGCCUGGGCAAGACUCUGGUCGUGCUUUCGCUCAUCGCGAUGCAGAAGGCAAACGUGGACAAGAUCAUCGCUCGCGAUGACGAAUUGCGUCCGCUGGACGAGUGGGAAAAUGAGAUCAAGAAGCACACCAACCCGCGGCUCAAGACCUACGUGGUCAACACGGCCCGCGGCCACGAGAAGAUCUCCUACAAGGAUGUCAUCAACGCCGACGUGGUGAUCGUGUCGUUCACAUUCCUCAGCAACCGUAUCUACCUCACCACCAGCCCGUCCUGCACCCCGGCGCAGGUCAAGAGCCAAUCAGGCGACUUCGACCCGCUCCGCGCGUUCUCUCCGGUCUUCCACCAGUUCAGGUGGCUCCGCAUUGUGCUCGACGAGGGCCACGAGGUCAUGUCCGAUGCCGAGGGCUGA